AAUUUGUUUCUUCAGGCCAAGUUCAGCAAACAGAGCUUACCAAACAGACCGUUAACUAACAAAAACGUUCACAGCACUUCGAAUCAACCAAUCAACCCUUCAGAGCCUUUCUCCUCUCUCUCAAUCUCCAAUCGCCAAUCUCCAAUCUCCAAUCUCUGCACCACUUUCUAGGGUUCCAAUCUCCACACUCAUACUUGCACAGACAAAAAUGGAGCAUCACUUUUCACAGAUUCGACACGAGGUUUAAUCGAUCACAGCCUCGGUUUGAAAUCUAGAGAGAGACAGAGCAUGGCGGAGGAGGGAUCGGAGAGAGAGAACGGGAGGCUUUCUUCGAUGGAUUCGGUUGAAUCUCGAUGGGUGUUUCAGGACGAGGAUGAGUCGGAGAUCGAGGACGACGAGGACGGCGAAGAUUUGCCACCGCUAACAGGCAUGGAUUCAGACGACGAUGAUAAUGCCGAGCAGAGACUCAUUCGGACAGGUCCUCGGAUUGAUUCCUUCGAUGUCGAAGCACUUGAGGUCCCCGGAGCACAACGGAACGACUUUGAGGAUAUCAGUGUGGGAAGGAGAAUUGUACUGGCUUUUCAGACACUUGGAGUUGUUUUUGGUGAUGUUGGAACAAGUCCACUUUAUACCUUUGAUGUGAUGUUUAGCAAGGCUCCUGUCAAUGGAAAUGAAGACAUUCUUGGAGCACUGUCGCUGGUUUUGUAUACCUUAAUUUUGAUCCCAUUGGUCAAGUAUGUCCUUAUCGUUCUGUGGGCCAACGAUGAUGGUGAAGGUGGUACAUUUGCUUUGUACUCAUUGAUUUGUAGGCAUGCCAAGGCCAGUCUUCUCCCAAAUCAACUGCCAUCUGAUGCACGUAUAUCAAGUUUCAGACUAAAGGUGCCAUCACCAGAACUUGAGCGGUCAUUGAAAAUUAAGGAACGACUUGAAACUUCUCUGACACUGAAAAAGCUGCUCCUGAUGUUAGUGCUUGCUGGUACUUCUAUGGUGAUAGCAGAUGGAGUUGUCACGCCAGCAAUGUCAGUGACGUCUGCUGUUGGUGGUUUAAAAGUUGUAUCUGAGAUUAAGCAAGAUGAAGUGGUGAUGAUUUCAGUAGCAUUUCUUGUAAUUUUGUUCAGUGUACAGAAGUAUGGGACAAGCAAAGUUGGGAUUGCAGUUGGCCCUGCUUUAUUCAUCUGGUUUUGUUCUAUUGGGGGUAUUGGAAUCUACAACCUUAUAAAACAUGACAGCAGUGUCUUGAGGGCAUUUAAUCCUGUUCACAUCUAUUACUUUUUCAAGAACAACUCAACUAAGGCUUGGUAUUCCCUUGGAGGCUGUCUGUUGUGUGCAACAGGUUCUGAGGCAAUGUUCGCAGAUCUUUGCUACUUUUCAGUGAGAUCAGUUCAGCUUACCUUUCUGUUACUUGUACUUCCUUGCCUUAUGUUGGGAUACCUGGGUCAAGCUGCAUACCUUGUGGAUAACUAUAGUGAUACUGAACAACUUUUCUUUUCUUCUAUUCCAAGUGUUGCUUUCUGGCCAGUCUUCCUCAUUGCUAAUGUUGCCGCAUUAAUUGCUAGUCGGGCAAUGACAACGGCAACUUUUUCUUGUAUUAAACAAUCAACAGCACUUGGUUGUUUUCCUCGACUGAAAAUCAUUCAUACAUCUCGGAAAUUCAUGGGUCAUAUUUAUAUACCCGUGAUAAACUGGUUUCUGCUGGUAUGCGCCAUAGUGUUCGUCUGCUCUAUCUCUAGCAUUAAUGAGAUGGGAAAUGCAUAUGCCAUUGCUGAGCUUGGAGUCAUGAUGAUGACUACUAUCUUAGUAACCCUUGUUAUGCUUCUUAUAUGGAAGAUAAACAUCUUUACUGUGCUGUGUUUUGCCGUUAUUUUCUUGGGGAUGGAAUUGACAUUCUUCUCCUCAGUCUUAUGGAGUGUGGUGGAUGGAAGUUGGAUCAUAUUGGUUUUUUCCAUAGUAAUGUUUCUUAUAAUGUACAUCUGGAAUUAUGGAAGCAAGCUCAAGUAUGAAACUGAAGUCAAGCAAAAGUUGUCAAUGGAUUUGAUGCGGGAAUUGGGUUGUAAUCUUGGAACAAUUAGAGCUCCCGGCAUUGGUUUGCUUUAUAAUGAGCUAGUAAAGGGGGUACCAGCAAUAUUUGGACAUUUCCUGACCACUCUUCCAGCUGUCCAUUCGAUGAUUAUUUUCGUGUCCAUAAAAUAUAUUCCUGUUCCUGUAGUGCCUCAAGGUGAGAGGUUCCUAUUCCGGCGUGUCUGCCCAAAAAGCUACCACAUAUUUCGAUGCAUUGCCAGGUAUGGCUACAAGGACGUUCGCAAAGAGAAUCACCAGACAUUUCAGCAGCUGUUGAUGGAAAGCCUUGAAAAAUUCAUUCGCAGGGAAGCCCAAGAACGGUCACUAGAGAGUGAUGGAGAUGAUGAUUCAAAUUCUGAAGAUGAGAACACUACUAGAGUUCUCAUAGCUCCCAAUGGUAGUGUGUACUCACUUGGUGUUCCCCUCCUGUUUGACUAUGACGACACAAACAAACCCAUCUUAGAAGCAAGCACUUCAGGGGAGGUGAAGCCAGAGCCACCCACAGAUCCAAUGGGUUCUGACGCAGAGCAGAGUUUUGAGAAAGAGCUGUCUUUCAUACGAACAGCCAAGGAAUCAGGGGUGGUUUACCUUGUCGGUCACGGCGACAUUAGGGCAAGAAAGGAUUCAUGGUUCCUUAAGAAGCUAGUCAUAAAUUACUUCUAUGCUUUCUUGAGAAAGAAUUGCCGGAGAGGGAUUGCGAAUUUGAGCGUUCCUCAUUCACAUCUGAUACAAGUGGGCAUGACUUACAUGGUUUGAAGUUUGAAGUUUGAAUUUGCAAGCAAAAUAAGGAAAAUUUUCAUUUAGUUUGACACUGAAGAUUUGACAGAAGUGGUUGAGUUCGAGGAAGGUCAUGGGUGAUUGGCAUGUCCGUCGGUUGAUGCAGGUUAAAUACAUGAUUUUUUAGCAAAAAAAUGGUUACAAAUGAAGAUAUAUACUUAAUCUUAUUGGUUGGAAAGUUUUGUAGUUUAUCAACUUGGUUGCUUACCAUGUAAUGAUUCAUACAGUUUUUAAGGGUUUGCACAUUCAAUUUCUGUAUUUACUGACCAUGUUGAUGUUGAUGUUAAUGUUAAUGCAAUUCUUCACAUUGUAACUAUUAUAGUUCCAAAUUUUUU